UUUUUUCAAGUUUCAAAAAUCAACAUUUUAAUACUUAGGUCUGAAGAAAGAAGGACGGCUAUGGUGAAAGGAAAAGUCAGCGAUAUAGCACCAAACAACCCAAAAACUGGCGAAGAACCUGAGAUAGAAGUUGACGCUGACAGUGAUGAUGUUGAGAAGCCAAAAGUGAAAUACCGAAAAAGCUUUGCUGAAAGACUUAUUAACACCGUUUUGUGUAGGCGAGAUUUGGCCAAACAAACAACAGACAUAAAACCGGUUCCAUUACACGACCUGGUACGCUUUUUCAAUAAUCUGCGUUUAAAAGUUGUGCUCUAUAAAGUAUCCGAUACAAGCAUCUUUAAGUUUCGGUACGCUAGUGGUUUCGAUAAGAUUUUGGCUGUGGUUGGAGCACUCUUUGCAGUUGUUACUGGUGUAGCGCAGCCAGCUGCCAUGAUGAUUGGUGGUAAGCUAAACAAUGUAUUGCUCACGGUAGAUCCGAAAGAUCCUCGAUUCAGACGAGAAUCAUUUCAAUGCAUUUACAUGUAUCUUGGAUUUGGAAUUAUCUGCUUUUUGAUGAACUACAUUCAGUUUACUUGCUUUCAAGUAAUUUGCUGUCAUGUAAUAGCGAAAAUGCGUUACGAAUACAUCCGGGCCAUUCUACGGCAAAACGCUGGAUGGUUUGACCGCAACCAAUGUGGGGUUCUCACUACCCGCCUCAACGAAAAUGUUGAGCGUAUUCGAGAAGGUAUAGGUGACAAACUGGGACUGCUAAUCAAAGGUGCAUCAAUGUUUCUGACUGCACUAAUCGUCAGUUUCACAUACGAGUGGCGUGUUGCACUUGUGAUGCUUGGAGUGUCCCCAUGUACAGCAUUCCUUAUGUCACAGCUAUCUCAGAAAAUGAGCGCUGCAACUAAGAAGGAGUUGAAAGGAAUUGCGAAAGCAGGCGCAGUUGCUGAAGAAUCUAUAUUAGGAGUAAGAACUGUACAGUCUUGUAAUGGUGAGGAGGAAAUGGUGCGCAGGUAUCGGUCUGAGCUGAUGAAGGGAAGAGCACAUGGAGUUAGAAAAGCACUUUGGAGUGGAUUUAUUGGUGGCGCUUUUUUUUUCGUGCUCCAUGUGUUUUUGGGAGCAGGUUUACUGUACGGUGGGUAUUUAGUAAAAAUUGGUAUAUUCGAGAAUCCUGGUGAACUCUUUGCUGUGGUUUUCGCAAUGCUCGUCGGAGCCUAUUUUCUUGGUGUUGUUAGUCCUCAUUUAAUGGUUUUAUUAAACGCUCGAGUUGCCGCAGCGACCAUUUACGAAACCAUCGAUAGGAAGCCGAAAAUUGAUGCAUAUUCAAAGACUGGUAUUAAACCGAUAGAAAUUCAAGGAAAAAUUGUUUUUUCUGCUGUUCAUUUUCGUUAUCCGACGCGUAGAGACAUCAAGGUUCUAAAUGGAAUAAAUCUCGAAAUAGAACCCGGACAGGUGGUAGCACUUGUGGGCCACAGUGGUUGUGGAAAGUCUACAUCAGUUGGUUUGAUAACUCGUCUUUAUGAAGCUGAGUCUGGAUCAGUCACAAUAGAUGGUCAUGAUGUAAAAGAUUUUAAUAUCGAAUAUCUGAGGAACUUCAUUGGCAUCGUUCAGCAGGAACCAACGCUUUUUAACGACACGGUUGAAGAAAACCUGAAGAUUGGUAAUCCAGAUGCGAAUAUGGAUGUAAUGGUUAAAGCGUGCGAAAUGGCGAAUGCUCAUAGCUUUAUAAUGGCACUUCCAAAGGGAUACCAAACUCGAAUUGGAGAUGGAGGAGUCCAAUUGUCUGGAGGGCAAAAACAAAGAAUUGCAAUUGCGAGAACGCUCGUUCGUGAUCCUAAAAUACUGUUGCUUGACGAAGCAACUAGUGCUCUUGAUGCUCAAUCAGAAGCAGUAGUUCAAAACGCUUUGAACAACGCUUCUAAAGGUAGAACCACAAUAAUGAUUGCACACAGACUUUCAACGAUUAGAGGUACGCAUGGUGAAUUAGUUAGAGCUGGAGGCAUUUACGCAGAACUUGUGAAAGCUCAGCAAUUUCAACCUGAACCUGAAGAAACUUCGUUGUUUGGCAUGGUCUCCGAAAACUUGGCUGUACGUUUUCGUGUUAAGGCACUAAAAAGUAUCUUGCUACAAGAUGCUGCAUACUUUGAUGACCCAGCUCAUGCACCAGGCAAGCUAAUAACUAGGCUUGCCACUGACGCAGUUAAAAUCAAAGCGGCAUUAGAUUCGCGAGUAAUGCAUAUUGUUUUCUGUGCGACUGGUAUGACAAUUAAUAUCAUAAUUGGCUUGGUCAGUUGUUGGCAGGUUGGUUUAUGCGGCGCUGCUUUAGUAUUUCUAAUAGGCGGAACUCAAAUAUUCUUAGCAUUUAAAAUACAAAGAAUCAAUCGUGCGAUGAUUAAGAAUGAUAAUGCAGGAAAGCUGGCAGUCGAAAUCAUUGAAAAUGUUAGAACAAUACAGUUGUUGACUCGAGAAAACGGUUUCAUUGUUAAAUAUCAGAAAGAUUCCAAUAUUCAAAAGCAGGCUGAAGUACGUAGGGCUUAUUUUGAGGCUUUCAAUUAUGCUUUUUCACAAAGUUUUCGAUACUAUAUGCAAUCAGCAACAACUGCUGUAAGUGUUCAUUGUGUCUCCAUAGGUCUCGUCUACUUUUUCAGUGCAACUGUUGCAACAAUGUUAGCCGCAAUGGGUGUCGUAUACACCUCAGUAUUCUUUCCAGAAAUUGUUAACGCACACACGGCAGCUGGUAAUUUGUUCGGAAUUAUCAAGCGUCAACCAAAAACGGGAGAUCGUAUGGAGGGAACAAAAUCUGUCAUAAAUGGACGAAUCACGUUCGACAACGUUCACUUUGCUUAUCCUCAACGACGGCGGCAACCCGUUAUGAGAGGUUUAACUUUUGAAGCAAAACGUGGGCAGACAGUCGCAUUGGUUGGACCAUCUGGUUGUGGCAAAAGUACAGUCAUUUCGCUUUUAGAAAGGUUCUAUGAUGUUGGUGCAGGAUCAGUGCACUUUGAUGGUGUGGAUGCAAGGGACUUGUGCUUGUACUAUUUGCGAACCCAAAUUGCUUUGGUGGGACAAGAGCCACGACUUUUUGCUGGAUCCAUCAGGAAUAACAUUUGUUUAGGACUUGAAAAAGAAGUGCCCAGUGAACAACUGUACGAAAUACUCAAGCUUGCCAACGCUAAAUCGUUUGUUGAUGCUCUACCACAGGGGCUUGAUACAGAUGUUGGCGAAAAAGGCACUCAGCUUUCUGGCGGCCAGAAACAAAGAAUUGCUAUAGCAAGAGCGAUGGUGCGGAACCCCAAGAUUCUUUUGCUUGAUGAGGCUACUUCAGCUCUAGAUUCCGAAUCAGAAAGAGCUGUUCAAGAGGCAUUAGACAAGGCCAGACAGGGUCGAACGUGUAUUACUAUAGCACACCGUUUGUCGUCAAUACAGAAUGCAGACUUAAUUAUAUAUAUAGAAAAUGGAAAAGUUCGCGAGAUGGGCAAUCAUUCGACAUUGAUGAUUCGAAAAGAUCGAUACUACAACCUUAUAAAACAACAGGAUCUCGCUGCAUAG